AUGGUGGUCACCUUUGGGCCCACGGGCCUGACGACAGAGGUCAAGUCGGUGGAGAUGCACCACGAGUCGAUGCAGGAGGCGCUGCCCGGCGACAACGUCGGCUUCAACGUCAAGAACGUGGCGGUCAAGGACCUGAAGCGCGGCUACGUGGCCUCCAACUCCAAGGACGACCCCGCCAAGGAGGCUGCCAGCUUCACCGCGCAGGUGAUCAUCAUGAACCACCCUGGGCAGAUCGGCAACGGCUACGCCCCGGUGCUGGACUGCCACACGUCCCACAUCGCCGUCAAGUUCUCGGAGCUGCUCACCAAGAUCGACCGGCGGUCGGGCAAGGAGCUGGAGAGCGCCCCCAAGUUCCUCAAGAACGGAGAUGCCGGCUUCGUCAAGAUGAUCCCCAUGGUGGUGGAGACCUUCUCCGAGUAUCCUCCACUGGGGCGCUUCGCGGUUCGCGACAUGAGGCAGACGGUUGCGGUCGGUGUGAUAAAGAGCGUGGAGAAGAAGGUCCCGACGGGAGCCAAGGUGACCAAGGCGGCUGCAAAGAAGAAAUGA